AUGACGGCCAUUUUCCUUGCGUUUCUAGCCCUAGCUGCUUCAGGAUCUUGGGCAAGCAGUCUGGCAACUGGCGGCUUAAUUCGCCGUGAUACAAAAGUAACCGAACCGAACACGUCAAGACCCGUGGUGGACCUAGGCUAUGCUCUCCACGCCCCUCGGAUUACGACUUCUCCGGAUGAGCGAACAUAUUACAAUUUCUCGAAUAUACGUUACGCUGCGCCUCCAGUCGGCUCCCUCCGCUUCCAGCUGCCACAAGAACCCAUCAACAACCGCUCGGCCGGGGUCCAGGAUGGCACCUAUGGCAAGAUCUGCCCCCAGGCAUAUACACCAUGGCAAAACCCCAGUUUCGUGACUGCUCCCCCGGGCGAGCUGGAGAGCGAGGACUGCCUCUUUCUCGACGUUGUCGUGCCACAGUCGGCUUGGAAUCAACGUUCCCAUUCAUUACGCCCCGUCAUGGUUUGGGUCCAUGGCGGUGGGUUCCAGAUUGGCGCGAAGUGGGGUGGGCCUUUGACAAACCCUCUAGGCCUCCAGGACCGCAGCUUUGAUGAAGAUGGAGAAGGUGUUGUUUUCGUCGCUUUGAACUACCGGCUCGGUGCUCUGGGCUGGCUGCAAGGAGAGUCAUUCACCUCGGCAGGAGGAGUGCCCAAUGUAGGGUUGCACGACCAACGCAAAGCUCUUCAGUGGAUAAAUAAGAGGAUUCAUCUUUUCGGCGGCGACCCAUCUCGCGUCACGAUUAUGGGCGAGUCUGCCGGCGGAGGGUCUAUCCUCCACCACAUCACCGCAUACGGUGGCAAGAAGGACGCUCCGCAGUUCCAGCGGGCUAUACUUCAGUCUCCAGCCUAUGUACCGAGGCCUUAUUCCUCGCAAGCCAAAGGCUCGUACUCGACCUUCCUGAAUGCCGCCAACGUCUCCUCACUGUCAGACCUCGUGGCGCUCGACACAUUGCGUGUCCAGAUCGCAAACAAGCUCUCACAGUCAUCGAACUUCUUCGGCGGUUUUCAAUUCGGUCCCGCACCGGACGGAGGGUACGUUCCGGAGCUGCCAGAGAAGCUCCUGGCAAGUGGUCAGUUCCACAAGGGCGUUCAGGUGAUGGUGGCACAUAAUACCUUCGAGGCUCUGAAGUACACGGACCCGACAGCCACGAACUCUUCCGCUUUCGACACCUGGAUGAAACUUUACUUCCCCGAUAUCCCGAGAGCAAGCCUUAAGGAGCUGACGACCAAGAUAUACCCGCCCGUGUACAACUCCAGUUCCCUCCCGUGGACGACCCCGUUCGACCGGGUCAUGACCGCCGUCGCCGAUAUCACCUUCACCUGUCACGCCUACUUCGUAGCUAAGGCCGUGGGCGCAAGGGCUGGUAUCAAUGGGCGUAGGGGGCCACCAGCAUAUGGGUACCUGUUCAGCGUGCCGCCGGGGGUCCACACACUGGAUGUCAACUAUUCGUUCUACAUCAACAGCACACGGAGCCCCCUCGUUACGAACGCGACAACGGCGGGUAUUCUGCAAGGGUAUCUCACGACAUUCGCAGAGACAGGGGACCCCAACCGUGAGAGUCUGCCCGCGUUCCCCAUUUACGGUGCUAAGAAUACGAAUCUGAAUCUGAACGCGACGUUCGUGGGUGUAAUCAAGGACCCGGCUGCUAAUUCGAGGUGUGAUUGGUGGGGUGAGGCUUCAUAUUCUUGA